CUACUCAGCCUCCAUUAUUCCCGACCACCAAGCUUCUUGUUUCUUCUUCUUCUUCAUGUGCUGGGAGCCCUGCAUUUCUGGCCGCCGGCCUCUGUUCUCCCCGGGGGGCACGAUUCUUCAUCAAAAUGAACUCUCUGCACCUCUCUUUUCCGGGUUCCCGACCUCCCAUCUUCAGAGUUUUCUCUCACUUAACUGAUGUGGAGGUAAGGAGCAAGUGUUCAUCCUCAGUGUUGGAGAGAAAUGGGCCAUUGCCAUGUUCGGAAUGGAAAACCGUUACCGAUAUUUGGAAGACGUCCGCAGAAAAGUUUGGAGAUUUCGUCGCGUUGGUGGACAAUUACCAUAAUCCUCCAACAAGCCUUACAUAUAAGCAGCUUGAGAAGGAGAUUUCGAGCUUUGCACAAGGCCUUAAGGUUGUUGGCUUAGAACCUCUUGAGAAGAUUGCUCUUUUUGCUGAGAAUUCGUGCCGCUGGCUUGUUGCAGAUCAAGGUAUAAUGACAACUGGAGCGAUCAAUGUAGUGCGUGGUUCAAGGUCAUCAGUGGAAGAGCUUUUGCAAAUCUACACCCAUUCCGAAAGUGUUGCACUUGUUGUGGACAAUCCUGAAAUGUACGACCGAAUUGCAAAAACCUUCAGCGCGUCCGCGAAAACCAGAUUUGUGAUCUUACUUUGGGGGGAAAAGUCAAGUAUCAGAAGUGAAGGGACAAUGGAUGUGCUCCUUCCUCCAAUAUAUAGUUAUGCAGAGAUCAUCGAUUUGGGAAACCAGCAAUCUCAAGAAGCAGGGCAUAAACAAUAUGCAUAUGACCCAAUCAACUCAGAUGAUGUAGCCACACUUGUUUAUACUAGUGGAACUAGUGGCAAUCCAAAAGGGGUUAUGCUUACGCAUCGGAAUCUCCUUCACCAGGUUAAGAAUUUUCCGGAAUUUGUACCGGUUGUACCUGGAGACAGAUUCCUGAGCGUACUUCCUCCAUGGCAUGCCUAUGAACGUGCAUGUGAAUAUUCAUCUCUUGCAACAGGGUGCCAGCAAGUCUACACCAGUGUCAAACACUUGAAGGGGGAUUUGGAACGGUAUCAGCCAAGUUAUCUAAUAUCAGUUCCUUUGAUAUAUGAGACCUUAUACAGUGCGAUUAUGAAACAGAUUAAUACAAGUGGUAGUUAUCGUAAGCUCAUCGCAUUGACAUUUCUAAAGAUCACUUAUGCCUACAAAGAGCUCGAAAGGAUCUAUGAGGGGAAAUGCCUAACACAAGAUCAGAAACCGCCUUCUUAUCUUGUGUCGGCAUUAGACUGGUUAUGUGCCAGAUCCGUUGCCGCUCUAUUGUGGCCAUUGCAUAUCUUGGCAAAGAAAUUACUCUACACUAAAAUUUGCUCAAAGAUUGGUAUAUCUAAGGCUGGAGUAAGUGGGGGAGGUAGUCUUCCUAUGCAUAUUGACAAGUUCUUUGAGGCAAUUGGCAUUACUGUACAAAAUGGGUACGGUUUAACAGAAACCUCUCCUGUUCUUGCUUGCCGAUGGCAAAAUUCCAAUGUCAUUGGCUCAAUUGGAUAUCCCAUUCCAUACACGGAUAUAAAAAUUGUAGAUGUUGAAACAGAUGAGGUCCUACCGCACGGUUGUAAAGGCAUUGUCAAAGCAAAGGGACCGCAGGUGAUGAAGGGCUAUUACAAGAAUCCAAUUGCUACAAAGCAAGCUAUUGAUGAGAAUGGAUGGCUAAAUACCGGUGAUCUUGGUUGGAUUGUUCCUCACCAUUCUAUAGGGAGGUCUCGCAAUGCUUCGGGUGUUAUUGUCCUAGAAGGCCGUGUCAAGGACACUAUAGUGCUUGUAUCAGGUGAGAAUGUUGAACCGUCUGAGAUUGAAGAAGCUGCAAUGUGUAGCAGUUUGAUUCAGCAGAUUGUUGUCAUUGGCCAGGACAAACGGCGCAUUGGUGCCAUUGUUGUACCAAAUAAGGAGGAGGUUCUUUCAGCAGCAAAAAAGCUGUCUAUUGUUGAUUCUGAUGCCACCGAAGUCGGCAAGGAAAAAACUGCUAGCCUAUUACAUGAAGAACUCAGAAAAUGGACGACGGGUUGCACAUUUUAAAUCGGGCCUCUCCUUGUCAUCAAUGAGCCUUUUACAGUUGAGAAUGGUCUGUUGACUCCAACAAUGAAAGUUAAGAGAGACAAAGUAGCAUACCUUUACAGAGAGCAAAUAGACAAUCUAUACAAAUGACUUCACUUCCCAAAUGGGAGUUUUUGUAAAUCAAUUAAUGUACUAAGU